AUGGCGGACUCUCAGAGCCCCGAGGCUCGCGAGUUGAGUCUGAUAGGCAAAGUGGAAUUCCGAAUCGCCAUGGCAGAUACUGAUGAGAAGCUUCAGUCGCUACUCCAAAUCUAUCUACCUCCUUUGCUUUUGAAAUUGACGUCUGACAGCGUGGCGGUUCGCAACAAGGUGAUUUCCGUGUGCCAGCAUGUCAACACUCGGGUCAAAGCCCCCACCAUUCAACUGCCGGUCGCAGCACUGCUGAAACAGUUUAAAGAACAAAAGUCUCAGCUGGUCCGUCAUUUUGAUCUGAUCUAUGCUCAACAAGGAAUCGACCGACUGGGCUCUGAUGCUAAAGUCGAGAUCCUACUACCCUUGCUGCAGGGGAUUGCGGAGAUUGGAACAUCAGUAACCCAGGGCGCCAUUGUGUUCAAUCUUGUUCUGCGAUUAUUGCCUCUUUUCAAAUUGCCACCAAAGGGUAGCGAUGAGGAUCAAAAGUUGAACCAGCGGCUAGGUCUAAACAGCCAAGACUCUCAGUUCUUGUCUUUCUGGCUGGGGAAACUCCUCAUUCUUUCUCCCGCGGUCUCAGGGGCCCAGACAUGCCCUGGAUUGUCCCCAGAAGAGUAUACCUUUCUGACCAAGGGCGCGGCUAUUGAAGAGACAUGGAACCCAGCCGCUUCUGGGGGGUUAAAUCUGACCGAGACAAAAGUUAUCGCUCUCCGGUUUCUCGGAAGCGGAGCGUUUGCCGAUUCUCACCGAUUUUUACCUUCGUUGAUCGCUUCCGCGGACGCAAAUUCCCGCCUUGCUGAUCUGGGUGACGAGACCCUGAAACGAUUUGCUGUCGAUCUUGAAGACCCAACCGUGGUGCAGCAAUUGUAUGACCUGUAUUUUGGUGCACAAGGGGCGCCCCCUGCACGUCCUCCACUCCAAGUGAAAGCUUUAGUUUUUUUAGGCAAAUCUAUCAAGGCUACUGAGGAUACUCACCGGAUUUACAAACUUAUUGAAGAUGGCCUUCUUUCAGACGCCGCAAGGUCCGCUCAGGGACUUCAAGCGUCAAAAUUAAGAACACAAAUAUUCACAUUUACCACCUGGGUUGUCCGCAUGGGCUCCUCGGAAGACCUCAAGAAGAUUGCACCCAAAGUAAUCGCCGGUCUAAGGGACUUCAUUCAAUCUCAGACUUGGCCAAGUCCUGGCGUCAGCGGACAGAAGCUACCGGCUACAGAUCUGAGCCUUCGAGGACUUGCCUAUGAAAGCAUUGGCAUCCUGGUUCCCAAGGUAGACUUUCAAAUGCAGAGCGAAACGGUCGAGAAUUUUGAAUUUGAUCUGGUCCGAUGGCUCUUUACUUCGCUCAGUGCCGACGACUCGAGUCCACAGAUAUUUGUUAGUAUCGACCAAGCGCUCGGAAGCAUUCUGAAUUCCUCCUUGAACAGCCAUGCUCAAGACUUUCAAAAUCAACUGCGCCCAUUCUUGGUUCAGCAGAUGAGCUUACACCCCGGGGAUGUUCACCCCGAAACCGGUUUCAACGUUGUUCGAGGCGUUCAGUAUGCCGCUGUACGGUUCGCGAAUCGAUUCUUGCCAUUUAGUGAUGUGGUGGCUCGCUGGGUUGAUCUUAUGGCCAUUGCCAGAGGCCCCGAAAGACAGCAGGAGAUCGUGGAGGAAGGCAAAAAGGGUCUUCACCCAUACUGGUUCCGACUCCUCAAUCCGACCAAAGAUGAAAAAUGGAGCGCCACUGCUGCUACUCCAAAGCGAGACGAGUCUUGGUUUGAAUUUCCGACUUUUGCUGAUGCUACUCGCUUCCUGCUGGGAUCAGAAGAGCAGGACGAUACCUUGGCAGUCCAUGCUUUGUCCAGGUCACAGCUGUUAACAGGAACUUACAAAAAUGCAUUCGUGCAUUCCAUUUCAUUUCUGCGCAACACUUUACUCUGGGAAGCUUUCUCGGCCGCCGGCAUUACGACCGAUCUGGACGAAGACUGGGAUUAUAAGCUCGAAGUGCAGCUCUCCACAAGCGAAGACGCGCGAUCUGCCGUCAGAAGGUAUAUCCGCAGUAGUGCAAAAGAGUCUGUUUAUGCGUUCUUGUCCGGCGUGCUAGAUGGGCUUGUCAGAGAAGAUCUGACAGAUCUACGACAAUGUGGCAUCCACUUUGUGGAGAUUUGCUCUUUGGCACCCAACGACGUCGUUGCAAAACUGGCACCCCGGGCACAGUCCUUGUUUAAGCCUAUCUCCAGCAAUAACACCGAUGUACAAGCACUCGCAGCUCGAUCGUUCGGCAUUCUUGCAUCCCAUCCUGCCCUUGCUGAUGAUGAACUGAAGAGCUUUGUGGCACAGCUGGCCAAUACGAUUGAGUCAUGGAAUACGGCUGUCGGUGAAGCUGCACUUCGAGCUCGAGGGGCAGUCUUAGCAUUGUCUUAUCUUCUCAGCAGACUUGCCUACCGUGGUCUUCUCAACAGAGUCCCCGAAACGCAGGUGAAACAAUUUAUCAAUACGGUCUUGGAUAUUGUCGAUGUUUCCCGCGACACCCUUCUUCAACGAACUGCAGAGAUGUCUCUUGGACAGCUUGGUUUGUCGGGUAUAUUGUCGCUGCAAACGCUGCCAGAAGAUGGCUGGAAGAAAGUGCAGCAGAAGCUCUCGAAGGAUGCUAAGUCAGAAAAUGAUACACCGAUAACUUGUCUGGGCCUCGUCACAUUAACCUUUGCUCGAGAAACCUCGGCUUCCUCCCUUCUCCGUGAUUAUUUAGAUUCGCUGUACAGCCUGCAUGAAAUAAAGAGUCCGGAGGUUCAAUUCACCGUGGGUGAGGCAUUGAGUAACGUUGCAAUCGGGUGGGCUUCCCGGGCCCUGAUACAAGAAUUCGACGUGGAUGCAGAAUUUCCCCAGUCUGAGGUACCGCGAACAGUGUUUAUCGAUAUUUGUGACAAAGUCAUCACCGAUUGUGUGGCGCCUAAGCCAUCUCUCCGCAAGGCGUCCGCUAUUUGGCUUUUAUCGCUCGUCAAAAAUUGCGGGCACCUGUCAGAGAUGCAGGAGCGCCUCCGAAAGUGCCAAGCCACAUUCACUAGUCUCCUUGGGAACCGGGAUGAGGUGGUACAAGAGACUGGAGCGCAUGGCCUCAGUCUGGUCUACGAGAUUGGUGAUCAGGCUCUGAAAGACGAUCUGGUUUGUGACCUGGUGGACUCAUUCACAGCAACAGGCCCCAACCUUCGGGGAGGCAAUGUUACAGCGGAUACCCAGUUGUUUGAGCCUGGUGCUCUGCCAACGGGUGAAGGGUCAUCUGUCAACACCUACAAAGACAUCAUGAACCUGGCCGCUGAGGCAGGUGAUCCAACGCUUGUAUAUCGAUUCAUGUCAAUGGCCUCAAAUAACGCCCUUUGGACAAAUCGGGCAGCAUUCGGUCGGUUCGGAAUCAGCACUAUAUUCUCCGACUCCAGUGUCAACGGUUACCUUGCGCAGAAUCCGAAAAUCUACCCUAAGCUUUUCCGAUACCGCUUUGACCCAAAUCCGAAUGUACAACGGUCUAUGAACACCAUCUGGCAAGCCCUUGUCAAGGAUCCUACGGUCGUGAUCGACACACACUUCGAUUCAAUUAUGGUGGAUCUCCUGAAAAGUAUGCUUCAGGGGCGCGAGUGGCGCGUUCGGCAGGCAAGUUGUGCCGCCGUGGCGGAUCUUAUCCAAGGGAGGCGUCCGGAAGUAUACGCCGAAUAUCUCGAUGAGAUCUACAGCAAAGCCUUCAGACUCCUAGAUGACAUCAAGGAAUCUGUCCGAGUUGCUGCCCUCAAGCUCUGCCAGACCAUCACCAACUCCGUGAUCCGCACGCUUGAGACAAGCGGAACGGAGAAGCGCGCCGGCACACUACUCAGCAGCGCCAUCCCCUUCCUUCUGAGUGACAAGGGACUUGAUUCUAGUGUGGAGGAAGUGCGAGGGUAUGCCAUUGGGGCUCUUGUUCAGAUUAUCAAGAAGAGCAGCGGUACGCACCUCCACCCAUUCGUGCCUGGGAUUCUUGAGAAAUUCCUGAGCUCCCUCAGUUCUCUUGAGCCGCAGGCUGUGAAUUAUGUUCAUCUCAAUGCCGACAAGUAUGGGCUUACGGGGCAGGAGAUUGACAAGAUGCGUCUCUCAAGUAUUCGGACAUCGCCGAUGAUGGAAGUCAUCGAACGAUACCUGAUUGAUCAUUUGGAUGAGACUAAUCUGCAAGAUCUGGCUCCUAAACUAGAAGAGGUACUUCGCUCCGCCGUGGGGCUUCCAUCCAAAGUGGGCUGCAGCCGCGUCUUGGUCCUGCUGAGCAUGAAGACGCUCCUCUUCCGCCCAUACGCCGACCGAUUUAUUCAGGUCCUCUGCAAAUACGUGGUGGAUCGCAACGAGACCGUUAGUGCAUCGUACUGCACCUCUUUGGGUUAUCUUAUGCGACUGGCGUCGGAUGAGCGGGUUCUGAAGACCAUAAACUACGCUAAGACCCUCUAUCUGGAGGCCGAAGACACCACGACGCGGGCGGUGGCUGCGGAGAUUCUGUAUUCGUCGUCAAAACUCUCCAACGACCGUUUCAUGGCGUUCGCUACGGCAGCGCUCCCGUUUGUGUUUGUGUGUAAGCACGAUGCAGACGAGCAUGUGAAGGAGGAGUUCGAGAAAACGUGGCAAGACAAUGUGGGUGGCUCUCGCGCAGUAGCUCUGUACCUUCGGGAGAUCGUCAGCCUCGUAUCCGACAACUUGGAUUCGGCACGGUGGACCAUCAAGCACACAGCAGCACGUGCCAUGGCACAGGCAGUGCUUGCACUAGAGGUGGAGAUUGAUCUCCCUACGGCUCAACUGGUUUGGCCGGUACUAGAAAAGGCCUUGGCGGGGAAGACUUGGGAGGGGAAAGAAGUCAUUCUAACAGCGCUGGUUAAAUUUGCCCGUCAAGGAAAAGCGUUAUGGACGGAGUGUCCGGACCAAGGCGAGCUGAUGAAGACAAUUGCCAUCCGAGAAGCGAAGCGAGCCAACGCCGUGUAUCGGCCGCAUGGAUUACGGGCACUGGGUGAGAUCGCACAGGUUCGCCAAGUGGAUUUUAUGCCCCAAGCCUUACAAAUAGUGCCCCCCGUGAUUGAAGAAUUUAAGGACGGGAUGGAUAUAGAUUCCGGGAAUGGGCCAGACUCCAACGAUACCCUUGCGGCGAGUGUACAGUGCCUCCUGCAAUGUCUAAACCCCGCUACGGCCGGUUCGAGCGAAGGUCAGUCGCCCUACGGGACCCCCCUAGCGUCGGCCCAGCUAAGCCUAACCACAGUGCUGGGAGGAUACAUACAAAAGGUGAUCGGUCCGUUGGACCAGGCCCUGACCCACGGAGGACGACAGGUCGUCAGCACGGUCUACCAGGAGCUCCAAGCGUUCUUUCUCCGAAUGGAUCGGUGGACAGCGACCGGUGAACAAAACCUAGCGGGGCCGAUGAAUGAAUUGGCUACUCUGCUCACACAGGACCGGAACGCAGUCGAAAUGGUCCGCAAGGGCCGUGCAGAAGCCAUUCUGGUGUACCUGAAACUACGACCUGUAGUCCGCGGAGUGCCUAAUUCUUUUGGUGAAAUGAUCAAGGUGUGGAGGACAAACGAACGAUCCAAUCCGAUCCAGCACAUUCUAGAUGAGGCCCAGGCGUUGUUGGUCUAG